CUUGUCAAUACGUCACGUGUGCACCCCUGGUGCUGCCGACCCUUAACCCGGGUACCAGGCGAGGCUGGUGCUUGACCCCAGCGGAUGCUGCCAGCAGUACGAGGCGGUGUGCCAACCGCUGCUGUGUCCGCAGGUUGAGAGCAGCUGCGCGUCACCUCGAUUGGUCAGACCGGCCAACACCAGCGACUGCUGUCCAACCCUCGACUGCGUGUGUCCUGAAAGGUGCCCAGAGACAUCUGAAUUAUUUUGCUCUGAGGGCGGACAGAUCGUGGAGAUUGCUGAGGACUGUAACUGUACCAGAAAGGCCUGCUUGGCAACGCCUGCAACACCAACACCAACACCUCAGCAAGCGGUGUGUACAUACCGGUCUGAAGAACACGCCAAUGUCAGUGUGUAUUCUGCAAACAGCGUGUGGAGUGACGGUCCUUGCAGGACAUGUCGAUGUCUGGCACGUGGCGAUGGCAUGACCGAGGCAUCCUGCAGAGUUCACGUCUGCUCUGACUGCAAGCCGGGUGAAGAGCCCGUAUCACACGAGGGGGAGUGCUGCCCGGAGUGCCGUCUCCUAGGAUGUGUCGUGGACAACGCCACCUAUGCUAACGGAGAAGCUAUCCCCAGUCAAAAGGCCUGCUACAACAGAACUUGCACACUGGACACCAAACGUGGGCUACCCGUCAUCCAGGAGACACACGUGGAGUGUAAACCUCUGUCAGACCUACCCAUCUGUGCCGAUAAUGUAAAGAACGGGUCGUAUACUGAAGACGGUUGUUGCUUGACUUGCAUACCCCAGACUAUGCUACCUUACACGCCAGCUACCUGUCGUCCCUGCAGCCCUCGGGAAAAGUUUUCGCGCGUGAAUGACAGCGUGGAUUAUUUCCGCGUCACCAACUACUAUGGUGUACCCUGCACAAACAAGGAGCCGGUGCUGGACAUCAGAGAGUGUGCAGGCUAUUGUGAGACAGGCUCUACCCACUACCCAAGUCUCCAGGCUCCUGCACUUGCUGCCAGCCCACCAAGACGACCGCACGCACCGUCAACCUGACAUGCAGCGACAACUCCAUCAUGCCUUACAGCUACGACGUCCCAGACACGUGCGCAUGCGCGACUUGCGCCGGAAGCUAAAGGCAUGCUUCCUGUCUGCUGUAUCAGACGGAUCUCCAUGUCGACGAAACGGGACACUUCGCAAGUCUGGAACAUUCUUUGAGCGGUGUGGUGCUUUCAACUAGCCUUGGUCACUAAUAGAAUCUUGCGGUUUCACGGUCAUCCUUAAGACUUUGAUCAUGCCGACAACAGUCGAUGGACAAGCUAAUAAUGUAGUAUGUAAACAAAGCUUUAAGUGCUUUAAGGGGAUCUGAACUCUAGAGAUCGGCGUGGAGCCGCUCUCAUCACAAGUCAUCGCACACACGGUUCUUCCUGUGAUCUUGUAGAGGCCACACUAUGUCUGUCUCUCAAUCUUCUUCUUAAACUCUAAAUGGAUAAGUUCUAGGGUAAAUUAUUCAACUGACAUGGAGCCCUAAAUACACACAUUCUGACCUACGAUAGUGAUUAUUAUUGAACAUACUGAUUAUCGUAUAAAUAAUAUUCAAACAUCAGUUGUUUGUUAAAUUAUUUCAUGGUCAUACCUUUUAAGCAAUGUAUACAAAAAUAAGUCUACAUAUUCUAAAAUUAAUCAUGAGUAAAAUGCAGAAAAUAACAGUGAAAUAAUGUCAAGUAUUUUUUAUGUGGGAUUCCCUUUAUACAGUUUAUUGAUAACGGUACAAAUGUCUUUAUGUUUAUUUAUUUUUUUCUCCUUGGGAUAGAAUACACCGUCCAAUACUAAAGUGUAUAUGUUGAUUCUGUUUAGUUUUAAUUAUCUCAGUAACUUUGUGGUCAGGUUUUAAAUAUUUUAAUUGCCGUAUUCAAUGUUUUAUUGACAAGUGUUAUGAUUAGUAUUAAAAGAACAGUGCUUAAAA